CCCCCCAUGCCUGCCUGCUCUGGCACUGCUGCUGUGGGCGGUGUGUGAGGCUGUAGUGGGCAUGCCUGCAGAGGAGCAGUGUGUGUACUUGGACAGUGCACAGCAUCUGGACACUGUCGGUCUGUCUCAGGACGGUGACGUGGUCAUCGGGGCGCUCAUCAAUGUCUAUAUCCUGCCUGAGACGCUUGACCUGAGUUUCACAAAACAGCCCAACCUGCAGUCAUGCUCCGAUUUUCAGGAGAGUCCUGUGCAGUGGGCUCAGGCGAUGGUCUUUGCUGUGGAAGAGAUCAACCGAAACCCCUCUCUGCUGCCGGGGGUCCGGCUGGGUUACCGCAUCAUGGACAGCUGUACACGUCUCCCCUUCAGCCUUAGAGCAGCUCUGUCCAUGAUCAGUGGAGGAAACGGCACCUGUGAGACCACGAGACCCGUCAAACUCAUCAUCGGGGAUCCAUCAUCAACCCAGUCCCUCAUUCUCUCCAAAACUCUCAGCCCCUUUAAUGUGCCCAUGAUCAGCUAUCUGGCUACAUGUUCAUGUCUCAGUAACAAACGUGAGUACCCCAACUUCUUCCGCACCAUCCCUAGUGAUGCGUAUCAGGCCCGCACCAUGGCCCAAAUGGCCAAGCGCUUCGGCUGGACCUGGGUUGGUGCUGUGGUGGCAGACAACGACUACGGCCUGCUGGCGGUUCAGGCGUUCCAGGAGGAGACUAAGGGUACAGGGAUCUGCCUGGCCUUUGUCAGGACACUCUUUCGGGAGCGACUAGCCAAGGACGUGGCCCGUGCAGUGUCGGCCGUGAUGGCCUCAUCUGCUCGAGUGAUCCUGGUGUUCGCCUGGUAUGUGGACGUAGAGGUGUUCCUCACUGAGCUUGUUCGUAGGAAUGUGACAGACCGCCUUUUCCUGGCCAGUGAGAUCUGGAGCACUAGUGGCCGACUCCUUAGUAACCCCCAGCUGUACACCAUCGCACAAGGCACGCUGGGUGUGGCCAUCAGAAGUGCCCCCAUCCCAGGGUUUGAUAAACACCUGCAGCAGCUCCAUCCCUCCCGUUACCCUCGGGACACACUGCUCAGGGUGCUGUGGGAGAGGAGGUUUGGCUGCAACCCCUUCUGGAACUCUUCGGCUGGCUCUCAGGGCAGCUUGCCGCCCUGCAGCGGAACAGAGAGCCUAAAGGGGGUUCAGAAUGGCGUUACGGACGUCUCCAACCUGAGAGUCACUUAUACCGCCUAUUUAGCUGUUUAUGCAGCAGCACAUGCACUUCAUUCUCUGCUGGCCUGCACUGCAACUAACAGCUCUGACCCCAGCGUGACCCCAGGCUGCUCUUCUCCAAAUAACAUUACUCCAGAACAGGUCUUGGAGCACCUUAAGCUGGUGAACUUCACCACCCAGCUUGGGGAGAAAUUUUAUUUUCAGGACGGGGAGACUCCAGCUGUGUAUGACCUGGUGAACUGGCAGCGGGGCCCUGGAGGGACCCUGCAGUAUGUCCUCAUCGGCAGAGUGGAGGGCUCUCAACUCAUCAUUAAUGAUUCUGCGAUCAGCUGGCCAGGCAGUUCGGACAAGGUGCCUGUGUCAGUGUGCACUGCUCUAUGUCCUCCAGGCACACGUAAAGCCAUAAAGAAGGGACUGCCGGUCUGCUGCUUCGACUGCCUGCCUUGUGCUGAAGGCGAAUUUAGCAACAUCACAGGUUCUUCCGAAUGCCACCACUGUCCUCCUGAAUUCUGGUCCAACAGUCUCAGGAACGCAUGCAUUCCACGAGAAGUUGAGUAUUUAUCCUUCAACGAGACCAUGGGCAUCACUUUGACGACCGUGGCUGUGACCGGUGCCAUCACGACUGCAGCUGUAGCUGUGGUUUUUGUGUACCACAGACAGACUCCUAUUGUCAAGGCCAACAACUCAGAGCUGAGCUUCAUGCUCCUACUGUCGCUCAAACUCUGCUUCCUGUGUUCGCUGAUCUUCGUGGGUCAGCCCUCGACGUGGUCGUGCAGGGUGCAGCAAGCAGCGUUCGGCAUCAGCUUUGUUCUCUGCAUCUCUUGUAUCCUGGUCAAAACCAUUGUGGUUCUGGUCGCCUUUCGCUCAUCCAGGCCGGGAUCUGCGGGUCUUAUGAAGUGGUUUGGACCCGGCCAGCAGAGGGGAAGCGUCCUGUUCUUUACCUCCAUCCAGGUGAUAAUCUGUGCUGUAUGGCUGUCACUCAGCCCACCAUUACCACAACGCAACUUUGGUAUUCAGGGGUCAAAAGUCAUCUUAGAGUGUAUGGUGGGCUCUGUGGUGGGCUUCUCCCUGGUGCUGGGCUACAUCGGCCUGUUGGCAGCCGUCUGCUUUCUACUUGCCUUCUUCGCCCGGAAGCUUCCAGAUAAUUUCAACGAGGCCAAAUUCAUCACCUUCAGCAUGCUGAUCUUCUGCGCUGUGUGGAUCGCCUUCGUUCCAGCAUAUGUCAGCUCUCCGGGGAAGUACAGCGUCGCUGUGGAGGUCUUUGCUAUCCUGGCUUCAAGUUUUGGCCUUCUGGUGUGUAUAUUUGUCCCAAAAUGUUACAUUAUCUUACUGAGACCGGAAAACAACACCAAGAAAUUCCUGAUGGGGAAAACUCAGUAGCGAAUGCAUUGGUUUAGUGUUAAAGAAGAAAUCUGGUGUAAAAUGAACUUGGGGUGUAGUGAAACAUAAUAAUGAGUACAAACGUUUGUUAAAUAGCCCACGACUGUUCACUCCCAGCAUUCCUAUAUAUAUUGCUGUUAGACAAUGCUCCCAAUAGGCUUACAAUGCUAGUGAUAGGAGCAUAGUGUUGCCCAUGCAAAGAAAUAGCUUUUUUUUACACCAUUAACAAACUCAAAGUAGCUCCACGCUUCAUUGGCAAAAUCAAACAGGAGUGAAUAGCUAGGACAGGGGAACACAGAAUGCAAAAUGAAUUCUGUGGAAAUGCAUGAAUAUUACUGAUAUUUUCAGCAACAGCUGAAACCCAUGCUUUUCCACAGAAUGUCCACAGAACCUGUGCACUUUUACCUCACAGUGCCUCAUUUUAAAUAACAGGGCCCUCAGAUUUCUACCAAUGAAGUGUGUAGAUACUUUAAGUUUGUUA